AUCUUGGAGGCUCCGGAGGCGGUGCCGCACAGGACAGAGCGGAAGUGCUCGGCUGUCCCUUCCCGGACCGUGCGAAGCGCCGGCGCGGCCGCCUGCCCGCGUCCUCCUUCCCGCGGCCCUCGGAGACCGCGCUCGGCCGCAGGGAGCGGCGAGGUACAGAAUGUCUGAAGGGGACAGCGUGGGAGAGUCUGUCCACGGGAAGCCUUCUGUGGUGUACAGAUUCUUCACCAGACUCGGCCAGAUCUAUCAGUCCUGGCUAGACAAGUCCACACCUUACACGGCUGUGCGAUGGGUGGUGACACUGGGCCUGAGCUUCGUGUACAUGAUUCGAGUCUACCUGCUGCAGGGCUGGUACAUCGUGACCUACGCCUUGGGGAUCUACCACCUCAAUCUUUUCAUAGCUUUUCUUUCUCCGAAAGUGGACCCUUCCUUGAUGGAAGACUCAGAUGACGGCCCCUCGUUACCAACCAAACAGAAUGAGGAGUUCCGGCCUUUUAUUCGAAGGCUUCCAGAGUUUAAGUUUUGGCACGCGGCAACCAAGGGCAUCCUCGUGGCCAUGGCCUGCACCUUCUUUGAGGCUUUCAAUGUCCCAGUGUUCUGGCCCAUCCUGGUGAUGUACUUCAUCAUGCUUUUCUGCAUCACCAUGAAGAGGCAGAUCAAGCACAUGAUAAAGUACCGGUACAUCCCGUUCACGCACGGCAAGAGGACCUACAAGGGGAAGGAGGACGCGGGCAAGACGUUUGCGAGCUAGGUGCUCAGGCGGCCCCACCGGAGGCCCAGGACGCUUCUGCGCCGCCGUAGCCACGCCUUCUUCCGCCACAUUAAGUAGUUGAUUUCGAGGGAGUCGAAUUUUCUUUUUAAAAAGGAGCUUCAAUUAUUUGUAACUGAAACAUCAGGUUCUUGAAGAAACUGACAUUUAAACCAAAUUGCAUUGAUUUAUUUUUCAGUGACAUUCAGGUGUUCUAAAGGAUGGAAUUCUAGUAAACUGCAGGCUGGGGGGAGGGGAGGGGCAGGUAGUCGCGGUCGUCGCGCGGCCCUGGUGCGGCCCUGGUGCGGCCCUGGAACAGACCUGCACGGGAGGAGCCAGCUCUCGCCCCCGCCGCCACGUCGCCCAGCCGGAGGAUGAGGCUAACCUGAUUCCUGCGCUUUGGAAGAACAUUUGAAAGGUGACUUUCAAGGAACUCUGGAGUUCUAAUGCCAGUUUCCCAGUUUCAUCUCACCAGAGAUGUUUGAAGUUGGUCUCUAUCAUAAUGACUCAAAACUCUGUUCUUAACUACCGUGAUUGCUUUUGAGGGCCUGGAAUUAUAAAUAUAUAUAUUAUAUUUUAAUUGUUUGGAAUUAUUUUGACACAUUUCUUUGAUACCUGAAGAGUUGUUUGUUUUUGAUUAAUUUAAAGUUGAUCUCAUGCAGCGGCCCCUUUAUAGAAACAACUGGCGAGAGCAGACCAAUUUGUGGGUUUUAACACACGGCUUCUCACUUUCUAUGGGAAAACAGAACUCUGACCCGCAUGUCAACUUUUUUGAUGUGAUAAAAACAAUACUCGUAAA